ACAUGCUAGAUUGCCCUGUGGAGGGAAAAGAAGUUUCCGUGUUUCAGAAGCGAAAAGCUGUGGAGGGGAUGACUGCUUCUUCUCACUCCACUUCGACUAAACACAGAGCUACCAUGGAUGGAUACCGGAAGGUUGAGAAACAGAAACUCAAAUCGCUCUUAAACGAGAACGAGAUCCGAGUCACUUCUCACGGCUUGGUCCGUAACUAUGUUUACUAUGCCACCACUCUUCUUCAGGAGAGACGCACGAAAGAUAUUGUCUUGAAAGCACUGGGUCGGGCAAUUUCCAAGACAGUAACUAUUGCAGAACUUAUCAAGAAAAGAUUUCCUGGAUUGCACCAAGACACUGCCAUCAGUUCUGUAAGCAUAACAGAUGUUUGGGAACCCAUUGAUGAAGCGGGGCUUGAGACAGUGGAGAAGACUUUCCAUGUCUCCAUGAUUUCAAUCACCUUAUCAGAAAAAGAGCUAAAUAAGAACUCUCCUGGGUAUCAAGCUCCAUCUCGUGUUGAGCAAGGACAACAGUAUAAUAAUAACUACCUGUCACAACAACCAUAUAGACAGUCACCUGAAGUUUACAGCAGUGACGAUGAAGAUUCUUGUGGUCAAGGAAAUGGCUGUGGUGGAGGCAAAGGAUGUGAUUUGAAUAAAGGUGGAUAUGGAAACUAUCAAGGAAACCACCCAGAAAACUGUCAAGUGACUUAUGCACAGCCAGAUGAAGAAGAGGGUUCCGGAGAGACCAACGUUGAUGCUGGCUGCUGCAGAGGGGGGAGAAGUUGGGAUGAUAGUUCUGAUGAUUGUGUGAUUUUGGAGGAAGACCCUGAUAAGCCAGUGAAAGUGGUGAAUGAAAAAGUGGAGAAUGAUUCUGAUGAUCUGCUUGUGGUUAGUGAAAAGGGGCAGGUCGUUGCUUGUAGAGAUUAUCCCCAUCCUCGCCAUCUUUGUGUCAAAUUUCCUUUUGCCACAACACCACAUGAAUCCCACUGCGACAAGUGUUAUUGUUAUGUCUGUGACACAAUCGCCCCGUGUCUCUACUGGGUAAAUGACAACUUUAUGUCCCACUGUAAUGCCACUGAUAGCAUAGGGUUUUGGAGACUCCAAAGAGAAAACAGAAAGACAACUCUUGCAAAUAGUUUCGAACAUUCAUUGCCGUUACUCUAGAGCAAAUUUUACUGUGGACCAUAUAGCAGCAUAGACCAUAAAGCAAAACGAUCAAUGUUGUAUCAUUUUAGUUAUACUUCAGUUUUAUUUGACAAUCUGUUACACAAUCGGUUCAAUUGUUAUACGGUAGGACAUUGAGAUGUCCACUGUGAGAUUUUUUGGUGA